AAUAUAUAUAUAUAAAUAUUUAUAUAUAAAUAUCAAAGGAAGAAAAAAAAAUAGAAAGAAAAUUUCAUAUGUACUGAACACGCACGUACGUAGUGUUUCUCUCUCUAAAUUCUAGGACUUUCUCUAUCUAAGAUUCCUCACCAACAUUGCUUCAAGAACCUAUUUCUUUCUUCUUCUUCUUCUCUGUCUAUAUCAAUUCUAUCCAUUUUAGGCAAUUGAAGCUGAACUUUUCAAGCCGGCAUUUAGAUUUUACUGUCUGAGAUUUAUUCGAACAAGUAUAGAGAGCUAUGGAUUCUUCUCAGUCUCAGCUGAGAAGAGGAGGAUUAGUUUCACUCUCACCUUCUCAGACCCCACGGUCGAGCGACAAGGCAGUUCGGGAUCUGCGAUCUGGAGAUUCUAAUUCAAGUAGCAAGCAUGAUAAAGACAAGGGUGUCAAUGUGCAGGUUCUUGUGCGUUGCAGGCCUCUGAGUGAGGAUGAGAUGAGGUUACAUACCCCAGUUGUCAUAACUUGUAAUGACGGUAGAAGAGAAGUUUCUGCAAUUCAGAAUAUAGCUAACAAGCAAAUUGAUAGAACUUUUGCAUUUGACAAGGUCUUCGGUCCAGCGUCUCAACAGAAGGAGUUAUAUGACCAGGCAGUAUCUCCUAUUGUUUUUGAAGUACUUGAGGGCUAUAAUUGCACCAUCUUUGCAUAUGGUCAGACUGGUACUGGGAAGACGUACACUAUGGAAGGUGGAGCUCGAAAAAAGAAUGGAGACUUUCCAAGUGAUGCAGGUGUUAUCCCUAGAGCUGUCAAACAAAUUUUCGACAUAUUAGAAGCACAGAAUGCUGAGUAUAGCAUGAAAGUAACAUUUUUAGAGCUGUACAAUGAAGAGAUUUCGGAUCUUUUGGCCCCAGAGGAGACCACAAAAUUUGUAGAUGAUAAAUCUAAAAAGCCCAUUGCCCUCAUGGAGGAUGGAAAGGGUGGUGUCUUUGUUAGGGGUUUGGAAGAAGAAAUAGUAUGUACCGCUAACGAAAUCUACAAAAUUUUAGAGAAAGGUUCUGCAAAAAGGCGUACAGCUGAGACUCUUCUUAACAAACAAAGUAGUCGUUCCCAUUCAAUAUUUUCUAUCACAAUUCACAUUAAGGAAUGUACUCCAGAAGGGGAAGAAAUGAUAAAAUGUGGAAAGCUUAAUCUUGUUGAUCUUGCUGGUUCUGAGAACAUUUCUCGUUCUGGUGCCAGAGAGGGUAGAGCAAGAGAAGCCGGGGAGAUUAAUAAAAGCUUACUUACUCUUGGUCGUGUUAUUAAUGCUCUGGUUGAACACUCUGGUCAUAUUCCAUAUAGAGAUAGUAAACUAACAAGAUUGCUGAGGGAUUCCCUGGGAGGGAAAACAAAGACAUGCAUAAUAGCCACAAUAUCACCCUCCAUACACUGUUUGGAAGAAACACUCAGUACCCUUGAUUAUGCACACCGUGCCAAAAAUAUAAAGAACAAACCAGAGAUAAACCAAAAGAUGAUGAAAUCUGCUUUGAUCAAAGAUUUGUAUUCUGAAAUUGACAGGCUCAAGCAAGAGGUAUAUGCUGCAAGAGAGAAGAAUGGAAUCUAUAUACCACGGGAUCGAUAUCUUAGUGAAGAAGCAGAGAAGAAGGCAAUGGCAGAGAAGAUAGAACGUAUGGAGCUUGAUUCUGACUCCAAAGAUAAGCAAGUGAUGGAGCUUCAAGAACUCUACAAUGCUCAACAACUUUUGACCGCUGAUUUAAGUGAGAAGCUUGAAAGAACUGAGAAAAGACUCGAUCAAACUGAACACGUGCUGUUUGAUCUCGAAGAGAAACAUAGACAGGCAAAUGUGACGAUCAAAGAGAAGGAGUUUUUGAUAUCCAAUCUCCUCAAAUCUGAGAAAGCACUUGUUGAGCGUGCAUUUGAGCUUCGAACAGAGCUGGAGAAUGCUGCUUCUGACGUAUCCAGUUUAUUUGCCAAAAUUGAACGCAAGGAUAAAAUUGAAGAAGGGAACAAGUCACUUGUGCAGAAAUUCCAGUCCCAAUUAACCCAGCAGCUUGAAAUCCUGCACAAGACUGUUGCAGUUUCUGUGACACAACAGGAGCAACAAUUGAAAGAUAUGGAGGAAGAUAUGAAAUCCUUUGUAUCAACAAAGGCUGAGGCUACCGAAGAACUUCAAGAAAGGCUAGGAAAGUUAAAAGCCAUGUAUGGUUCUGGCAUUAAAUCUUUGGAUAAUAUUUCUGGUGAGCUUGAAGGAAAUUCUCGGUCGACUUUUGUUGAUCUAAACUCUGAGGUCUCUAAACAUGCUUCUGCAUUGGAGGAUCUCUUUAAAGGAAUUGCUUCAGAAGCUGAUGAAUUACUAAGUGAUCUUGAAAGUAGCCUUCACAAGCAAGAGGAAAAGCUUUCUGCAUAUGCACAACAGCAGCGUCAGGCACAUGCCAGAGCUGUGGAAACUGCGCGCUCAAUUUCCAAGAUUACUGUAAACUUCUUCAAGACUCUAGACAUACACGCAUCCAAUCUGACCCAAAUCGUGGAAGAAGCCCAGGGUGUAAAUGAUCAAAAGUUAUCUGCAUUUGAAAAGAAAUUUGAGGAGUGUGCAGCUAAUGAGGAACAGCAAUUGUUACAAAAAGUGGCAGAGCUGCUGGCAAGUUCAAAUGCUAGGAAAAAAGAGCUGGUCCAAUUGGCAGUAGAUGAUCUUAGGGAGAGUGCCACUAGUAGGACUGUCAAAUUGCAGCAAGAGAUGUCAACCAUGCAAGAAUCUACCUCUUCUGUCAAGGCGAAAUGGACAGUUCACAUGGAAGAAACAGAAUCCCACUAUGUUGAAGAUACUUCUGCUGUUGAAUCUGGAAAGAAAGACCUACAGGAGGUCCUUCAUAACUGUCUGAAGAAGGCAAAAACAGGUGCACAACAAUGGAGAAAUGCUCAAGAAUCCUUGACCAGUCUAGAAAGUAAAAAUGUCACUUCUGUGGAUUCCAUUGUCAGGCGAGGAAUUGAAGCCAAUGAAACCCUGCGGACUAGAUUUUCAACUGCCGUGUCAGCUGCACUUGAAGAUGCAGAUAUUGCAAACAAGAAUAUGCUUUCAUCCAUCGAUCAAUCAUUACAACUCGACCACGAUGCAUGUGGAAAUAUAAACUCAAUGAUUGUUCCUUGCUGUGGAGAUUUGAGGGAACUGAAAGGUGGUCACUACCAUAAGAUUGUAGAAAUAACCGAGGACGCCGGAAAAUGCCUUCUAGAUGAAUAUGUGGUGGACGAACCGUCUUGUUCCACACCAAGAAAGAGGUCGUUCAAUCUACCUAGUGUUGCAUCCAUUGAAGAGCUUAGAACCCCCGAUUUUGAUGAAUUGUUAAAGCCAUUUUGGGAAGCGAAAUCGGUAAAGCAAGCAAAUGGAGAUGUAAAACACAUUGCAGGCCCUUAUGAAGCUACUCCCCAGUCAUUAAGAGAUUCCAGAGUUCCUCUCACUGCUAUUAACUGAAGAGAGGAACCCCUGAGAAGCGUUGUACAUAGUAAGAAGAAGUAAUAUAUAUAUAUUUGGUCAAACUUUACUACUCAAUGCUGAGCUACAAUAUUCAUUAUUUUAUUCUAUUUUUUUAAAAGAAGAAAGAAAAAGAGUAUAAAGAAAAGUGAUUACUGUUUAAGGUGGAAUAUAUCCUGUAUUCUUGUGUUUUUUGUAGGCUACUUGUGUUUUUGACUUCUUUCAAUAUAUAUACUGAAGUGGAUUAUUCUUUCGUUUUUAUCAAACUAGAUUUAUAUUUAUGAUUUCA